AUAGAAUCGAAUAAACAUCGAUUUUGUUCCACCUCUAUUUCGCACGGAAUUUGUUUGUCAUUCAACAAGAUUUUUUGUAAAUCACUUGAUUUUUCUUCAAAAAGCUUGAAAUAUACAAAACUAGAGACAAGAUGUACCAGCCAUCCCUGAAAGUUCAGCCCUCUGAGGUGUCCGUACUGAAUGCCACCGGCCGUGUGGGAAUGCCCACGGAGGCCAAUUGCCUCAACCAACUGGCCCACGUCCACCGGCUGCGCGACUCGGAACUCAACUACAACGAGCACCAGUACAACCUCAACAUGCAGAUGCUGCGCAACCGCGAGGGUCUCGGUGUGCCCCUCAAAAUGGGAAUGGAGCGCUUCGCCGCCCGGCAGGUGGGCCGCCUGCCCUUCCUGCAGUCCAGCAACUUCAUGGACGACGUUUUGACUGGUCGCGUUGACUCCAUCGGUUUUGAGGACUUCAUGAAUCUUCCAGAGUACAGCGAGCAAAUGCGUCAGCCCCACGCUGUGGUGGAGAAAUCUCUUGGAAUUCACCUAUAAAUCUUUUAAAACAUAGUUGCUUAAAUGCCUGGCAUUCAACAUACACAUUCUAAGACUUUAAAUUGAGCAAAUAAAAUUUAUUUUCGAGCCCCGGUUAAAGGUAAA